AUCCACCACAACGGAUUUGAAAACUUGAUUUGAUACCUGAGGCAAUAAUUACUAAGCCAUGGAUUAAUCUAUUAUAAUAAUUACUUCUCGGUUCGUUUCCGUGGUGGGUGUAAGUUCUUGAUAAGAAUGGUUCGUUGACCCUAACGCACGGCCACAAGUACAUCAAAGCGUCAUUUAUAUCUGGAUUAGGACAGAGAGAAAUUAUUAUUAUGCGACCGAGAGCAAGGAAGGGAAACCUACUCUAUCCAUUGUUUCCGACUCUCUUUCUCUUCGGCAUCGGCCAUGGAAGGAGCCACCAGCAGCAGCCUCGCGGAGAAGAGGAUCACAGUUGUUACAGGAGGGAACAAAGGGAUUGGGCUGGAGAUAUGCCGGCAGUUGGCUCUCAAUGGCAUCAAGGUCAUACUGACGGCCAGAGAUGAGAAGCGAGGCAUGGAGGCAGUGGAGAAGCUCAGGGAGAGCGGUCUUUCUGACGUGGUCUUUCAUCAGUUGGAUGUGACCGACCCUUCUAGCAUUGCUUCCUUGGCAGAUUUCAUUGGAGUUCAGUUCGGAAAGCUUGACAUCUUGGUAAACAAUGCAGGAAUUGGAGGAUUUACAAUAGAUUUCGAGAAUAUACCCGAGAUUUUAAAGGCUUCAAAUGACGAGAAAUUGGAAGAUACAGAUGCUAUCCGUAAUUGGGUGAGGGAAAAUCUUCAACAAACUUAUGAGUUGGCAGAAGAAUGCUUGAAAACAAAUUACCAUGGCAUUAAAGGUGUUACAGAGGCAUUACUUCACCAUCUUCAAUCAUCUUAUUCAGGGACAAUAGUAAAUGUUUCCUCUUCGCAAGGGAAACUCAAGCACAUCCCAAAUGAAAGUCUUAGACAAGAGCUAAAUAACAUAGAUGGUCUUUCAGAAGAUAGAUUGGCCGAAUUAUCAAAUUUAUUUCUGAAAGAUUUCAAGGAGGGUUUGCUUGGUGCUAAUAAUUGGCCAACUUCUGUAUCAGCUUACAAAGUGUCUAAAGUACUUGUUAAUUGCUACACGAGGAUUCUUGCGAAGAGGUACCCUGGUUUAUGCAUUAAUUGUAUCUGUCCUGGGUUUGUCAAAACUGAUAUAAAUUUUAACAUUGGGAUCUUGACCACCGCGGAAGGAGCCAAAGGACCAGUAAUGUUAGCCUUAUUGCCUAAAGGUAGCUCCUCUGGACUUUUCUUUGAUCAAACUAAAAUAUCAACAUUCUGCGACCGAGAGCAAGAAAGGGAAACCUACUCUAUCCAUUGUUUCCGACCCUCUUUCUCUUCGGCAUCGGCCAUGGAAGGAGCCACCAGCGGCAGCCUCGCCGAGAAGAGGAUCGCAGUUGUUACAGGAGGGAACAAAGGGAUUGGGCUGGAGAUAUGCCGGCAGCUGGCUCUCAAUGGCGUCAAGGUCAUAUUGACGGCCAGAGAUGAGAAGCGAGGCAUGGAGGCAGUGGAGAAGCUCAGGGAGAGCGGUCUUUCUGACGUGGUCUUUCAUCAGUUGGAUGUGACCGGCCCUUCUAGCAUUGCUUCUUUGGCAGAUUUCAUUGGAGUUCAGUUCGGAAAGCUUGACAUCUUGGUAAACAAUGCAGCAAUUGGGGGAUAUACAAUAGAUUUCGAGAAUAUACCCGAGAUUUUAAAGGCUUCAAAUAACGAGAAAUUGGAAGAUACAGAUGCCAUCCGUAAUUGGGUGAGGGAAAAUCUUCAACAAACUUAUGAGAUGGCAGAAGAAUGCUUGAAAACAAAUUACCAUGGCAUUAAAGGUGUUACAGAGGCAUUACUUCACCAUCUUCAAUCAUCUUAUUCAGGGACAAUAGUAAAUGUUUCCUCUUCCCAUGGGAAACUCAAGCAUAUCCCAAAUGAAAGUCUUAGACAAGAGCUAAAUGACAUAGAUGGUCUUUCAGAAGAUAGAUUGGCCGAUUUAUCAAAUUUAUUUCUGAAAGAAUUCAAGGAGGGUUUGCUUGGUGCUAAUAAUUGGCCAACUUCUGUAUCAGCUUAUAAAGUGUCUAAAGUACUUGUUAAUUGCUACACGAGGAUUCUUGCGAAGAGGCACCCUAGUUUAUGCAUUAAUUGUAUUUGUCCUGGCUUUGUCAAAACUGAUAUAAAUUUUAACAUUGGGAUCUUGACCACCGAGGAAGGAGCCAAAGGACCAGUGAUGUUAGCCUUAUUGCCUAAAGGUAGCUCCUCUGGACGUUUCUUUGAUCAAACUAAAAUAUCAACAUUCUGAGUGAUGGCUGUCUCACUAUAAUAGUGUUGGUUCGAAAGAAAGAUGGUCUUCCCCUUCUUGUAUGUUGUCCAUCAAUUAUGGUAUUUGUGAAAAUGUAUAUAUUAUAAGAGUUGUGUAUUGAUAUAAGAAUAAUCUUUUUUUAUAUGAUCAUUUUAUCAUGUUAUUGGAACAA